AUUGGCCGGGAGUGCCAGUCAAUUUCCCAUUUGGGCUUGACGUCACGAGUGCUAUAAAACUCAGCAAUUGCUUUAAACUCUUCUUGCUGGACCAGAGGCUUUAAAAUCUUUUUUCAUCUUCGAGCUGUAGCUCCGGCUGCUUGUCGGCUCGGCCUCCACCUCCCCCGUCUGCUCUCUGCCUCGUCUUUCCCCAGGACUUCGCAAUUUUGCUUUUUUUUAAAAAAAACGGCAAGAAAGAACUAAACUCCCCCUCCCUCCCUUUCCUCCAGCCGGGCUGCGCCUCUGCGUUGCACUUUGCACAGAGCGAGAGCGCACGAGGGAGAAAGAGAGAGAGAGGAAAGAAAAAAUAAUAAAGAGAACCAGGCAGAAGAAGAGACAAGAAGCAUGAAGUGUUAACUCCCCCGUGCCAAGGCCCGCGCCGCCCGGACAGCCGCCCGCCGCGCCUGCAGCCCCGAGCGGCCGCCGCGCGCGCCCCGCCUGCAGCCCCGGCGGGCGAGGCGAGCCCUCCUUAUGCAAAGCGCGCAGCGGAGCGGCGAGCGGGGGACGCCGCGCACCGCGCCAGGCUCCUCCGGCUUCGCCGCCGCCGCCGCCGCCGCAGCCCGCGGAGGACCUUCCCGAGCCUGAAGCCGCCGGCUCCGCGCGCACGGAGGCGAGCCAGCGAGGAGGGGCCGGGGCGAGCGAGCGAGCACAUUGGCGUGAGCAGGGGGAGGGAGGGCGGGCGCGGGGGGCGCGGGCAGGGCGGGGGGGUGUGAGCGCGCUCGGAGGUUUCGGGCCAGCCACCGCCGCGCGAGCUAGAAGCGCCCCAGCCCGGCAAGCUGGCUCACCCGCUGGCCACCCAGCACAGCCCGCUGGCCCCUCUCCUGCAGCCCAUCUGGCGGAGCGGCGGCGGCAGGAGAAUGGCAUCAGAACUGGCAAUGAGCAACUCCGACCUGCCCACCAGUCCCCUGGCCAUGGAAUAUGUUAAUGACUUCGAUCUGAUGAAGUUUGAAGUGAAAAAGGAGCCGGUGGAGACCGACCGCAUCAUCAGCCAGUGCGGCCGUCUCAUCGCCGGGGGCUCGCUGUCCUCCACCCCCAUGAGCACGCCGUGCAGCUCGGUGCCCCCUUCCCCCAGCUUCUCGGCGCCCAGCCCGGGCUCGGGCAGCGAGCAGAAGGCGCACCUGGAAGAUUACUACUGGAUGACCGGCUACCCGCAGCAGCUGAACCCCGAGGCGCUGGGCUUCAGCCCCGAGGACGCGGUCGAGGCGCUCAUCAGCAACAGCCACCAGCUCCAGGGCGGCUUCGAUGGCUACGCGCGGGGGGCGCAGCAGCUGGCCGCGGCGGCCGGAGCCGGCGCCGGCGCCUCCCUGGGCGGCAGCGGCGAGGAGAUGGGCCCCGCCGCCGCCGUGGUGUCCGCCGUGAUCGCAGCGGCGGCGGCGCAGAGCGGCGCGGGCCAGCACUACCACCACCACCACCACCACGCCGCUGGCCACCACCACCACCCGACGGCCGGCGCGCCUGGCGCCGCGGGCAGCGCGUCCGCCUCGGCCGGGGGCGCGGGCGGCGCGGGCGGCGGAGGCCCAGCCAGCGCCGGGGGCGGCGGCGGCGGCGGCGGCGGCGGGGGCGCGGCGGGGGCGGGGGGCGCCCUGCACCCGCACCACGCGGCCGGCGGCCUGCACUUCGACGACCGCUUCUCCGACGAGCAGCUGGUGACCAUGUCGGUGCGCGAGCUGAACCGACAGCUGCGCGGGGUCAGCAAGGAGGAGGUGAUCCGGCUGAAGCAGAAGAGGCGGACCCUGAAAAACCGCGGCUAUGCCCAGUCCUGCCGCUUCAAGAGGGUGCAGCAGAGACACGUCCUGGAGUCGGAGAAGAACCAGCUACUGCAGCAAGUCGACCACCUCAAGCAGGAGAUCUCCAGGUUGGUGCGCGAGAGGGACGCGUACAAGGAGAAAUACGAGAAGUUGGUGAGCAGCGGCUUCCGAGAAAACGGCUCGAGCAGCGACAACCCGUCCUCUCCCGAAUUUUUCAUGUACCCAAGGGAAUCCUCUACAUCAGUGAUGUGAAAAAUCCAGUUGGCUGAAGUCAAAGAGAUGUUCCUGAUGUUGGCUAAGACCCAUCUGGAUGCCACCAAGCCUUACAGAGCUGCAUCAGGGCAGGACAGGGAGACACAUACAUAGGAGACAGGCCCAUUUGUAGCUUUCCUAUCACCACUGGAAGAAGCUUAUGAAACUGGCAUAAAUAGCACUUACUGGGCUCUAAGUGUGCACCAAUUUUUUUCUAGUCUUAACAAUUGGUGGAGUUGACAUCUUUCAUCCUGACUGUACCUAUUCCAGCAAUAUGAAUUCAAAAAUUUGUCAAAUGUAAGGAAGAUUUUAUUAUUUUAUGAACUGGUAAAAACCAAUCACAGACGGUAAAAGUGCUCAAAAAUCUUGUUUCUAAAUGUGCAUACCUGUCCUCCCCUGUUGCCCAUAGUCAUCCAGAAAUAAAACACAAAUGUGGUUUCCCAAAUGCCCAGGGUCGGUGCAGAUGUCUUAGCACAGCGUGUGUAGCUCUUUCAUUCAAAUAUAAAAGCAUAGAAACCAGUAACCUAGUUUACCUUGCAUAACCCAUCAAAAUAUUUUCACAGAAGUGGUGGUCCAGGUGUGAAAGGACCCGUGGGAAGCAAAAGAUUGUACAUCCUGAUUUCUUGGUGCCUCUCUUUAAAAAGCCCAGGUGACUGGUC